AGCCAAGACUUUCCCACACGGCUCUCCAACCGAUAACCAUAACCAUGUCACGUCAUCCCCAACUCUCCUUCCCAAUCCGAAACUCUCGCGUAACUAACAGACAGGCACGGUCCCCAAUCCCAAUCCGCAAUGGAUCACCCACCGACCAACGGCUCAGAUUCCUCCUCCUCCUCCUCCGACCUCCCCUACCAGUCCGGCUUCCACAACCACUUCUCCUCCGAAGCUCUCCCCGGCGCUCUCCCCCUCGGCCAGAGCAACCCCCUCCUCUGCCCCUACGGCCUCUACGCCGAGCAACUCUCCGGCACCUCCUUCACCUCCCCCCGCAAGCUCAACCUCCGCACCUGGCUCUACCGCGUCAAGCCCUCCGUCACUCACGAGCCCUUCCAGCCGCUCCGGCCCACCCACGGGAGGCUCGUCAGCGAGUUCAACGACUCCAACAGCUCCACCACUCCGACUCAGCUGAGGUGGAAGCCGGUCGAGAUUCCGGAGACGCCGACCGACUUUGUGCGGGGGUUGUACACCGUGUGCGGAGCUGGGAGCUCGUUCCUCCGCCAUGGCUUUGCUAUUCACAUGUACACUGCGAACAAGUCGAUGGAUGAUCGUGCCUUUUGCAAUGCUGAUGGAGAUUUCUUGAUAGUCCCCCAAUUAGGAAGGCUCUGGAUCACUACAGAAUGUGGAAGAUUGAUAGUUUCUCCUGGUGAAGUUGCUGUAUUACCUCAAGGAUUUAGAUUUGCAGUAGAUCUUCCUGAUGGCCCUUCACGAGGUUAUGUAGCUGAGGUUUUUGGCACCCAUUUUCAACUCCCUGAUCUUGGGCCAAUAGGAGCUAAUGGCCUUGCUGCUCCAAGGGAUUUUCUUGUUCCCACAGCAUGGUUUGAAAAAACUACCCGUCCAGGCUACAUCAUUAUACAAAAAUUUGGUGGAGAACUUUUUACUGCAAAGCAGGAUUUCUCUCCAUUUAAUGUAGUUGCUUGGCAUGGUAAUUAUGCUCCAUAUAAGUAUGAUCUGACGAAGUUCUGCCCAUUCAACACAGUCUUGUUUGAUCAUGGUGAUCCUUCUGUAAAUACAGUAUUGACAGCACCAACUGAUAAACCUGGUGUUGCAUUGCUGGAUUUUGCCAUUUUCCCUCCUCGAUGGUUGGUUGCUGAGCAUACAUUCCGACCUCCAUACUACCAUCGUAAUUGUAUGAGUGAAUUUAUGGGACUCAUUUACGGUGGAUAUGAGGCAAAAGCAGAUGGGUUUCUUCCAGGUGGUGCAAGCCUCCAUAGCUGCAUGACUCCUCAUGGUCCUGAUACGAAGACAUAUGAGGCUACCAUUUCACGCGGAAAUGAUGUAGGACCACAAAAAAUAAGUGAUACUAUGGCUUUUAUGUUCGAAUCGUGUUUAGUCCCCCGAAUUUGCUCAUGGGCUCUUGAGUCUCCCUUCAUAGAUCAUGACUAUUACCAGUGCUGGAUCGGACUAAGAUCACACUUCACAGGCACAGGGGCAGAUGCUAAAGAUGGAGAUAUCCAGAAUGGUCAGUGAAAGGGAUUGAAGUGGAGUGCCAUGGCUCAUAUGGGCAGGAUGAAACUCUACUAGAUACAAAUAGUGUAAUUAAAACGUUUUGAAGAACAAAAAUUAAGGAGUGUAAUUAAAAACAUAAACCAACUAGCUAGUGUACAUAAUAGAAUAAUAUGAGCGUAGUACAAACUGCAGCCAAAUCAGCUAUGAAGACCAUGUAUAUGUGUGCCUACUUCUGUAUUAACUUCUGUAUUAAGGAAGUCUGUUGAAACUGUAUUUCAAUGUGGGAAUUAUAUCAAGUUUAGGAUCGGCUCAAUCAUGUUCAUACAUUC